GUUCAAGCGGGCUACACAUAUUAUUGUGUGGAAUAAACAUUUCAAAACAUUGCAAAGAGCGACACUUUUCCAAUAUGUAGGCUAUUUAAAUGAAUGUCAACUGUUAAUGGAGUAUCUAUUGUACUCUAAUCUACCACACAAGUGCUGUCAGCUAGUUUAAAUUGCUGUGUGUCUCUUAAUUAAAUUGCUGUUGAGCUUCAGUCUGUUUUGUUUACCUCGACAUGCCCUGCACGUGGGUAGAGAGGGAUUACUGCGCGCUGUACGUCACAGGCUACGCGCUAAGGCAACAACAAUAAACGAGAAAGCGACAUACUGUAGGCAGUUUAUAAUACACCGUUUUCUCCUCACUGUGCGUUUUUGUCAGUUUUAGAAUCUCUCUCCACCCUUCAGCCACUAACCAUGUCAGGCUCGUCGACUCCAGAGGACGCUUUGUACGGCUCGUGGGUGGAGCUGGAGGAGCUAAUAUCAGCAGUGAGCAGCAGGGAUAGUCUGACAGGACAACAACAGGACACAGCCUCCUGGGCCCUGCAGGGGGAGCUAGAGAGGAUCCUGCUGGAGGCACAGCUUGAGUGUGAGAGGAGUAAAGACAGUCCUCCCCUGGCGGUGACUCCUCCGCAGACCACUGCUUCCCCUCCCCACAGUGAAGGCAGCAGCAGUACAGACUGUGUUACCAUACAGUCCGAAGAAGAAGGGGAGAGGAGGCUCAUUUCCGAGUGGGUAUGGGACUGGUCCAGUCGGCCCGAGAACCUUCCACCAAAGGAGUUUGUGUUCCAACACCCGAAGCAGCAGUCGGGCUCCCUGAGCGUAAGGAAGAGUGAGGUGAUGAAAAGAGGCCUGUUCUCCUCUGACGUCCUCAUGAUCCUCAUCCCCUCACUGCUUGCCUCGCACCUGCUCACACUGGGAAUAGGGAUCUACAUAGGGAAGCGAUUGGCUGCCUCCACAACUAGCACUCUGUGACGUGCUUCCGGGCAGCGCUCCCAUUCGCUGACGGCAGACCAAUAGGAUCUCAGCCCUCGCCACAGUACACUUGUUGCCCUUUCUCCCUGUCAUGCGGCAACUUUCUUUACCACUGUCUCUCUGUCUGUCUGUCUGUCCACCAUAACUUUGUGUGUCUGUCCGUCAGUCAUCCAGCAUCUCUGAAUCUGUGAUUGUCCCAGGGCCAGAGCGUGUCUGUUUGUGUGUUUGUCUCGCUCUCUCUGUGUGUGUAUGUGUGUGUCAGGGCAGGACUGUUGAUACUCUACGGACAUUGUGUCAAUGACUCAGACUGAGGUCACUUUUACUCUCCCAGCAGAGUAACACUGAUCUCAAUUAACUAACAGAGAGAAACGAGUGAUAAGACCGAGAGAGAGAAUGGAGAGAGAAAGAAAGAGAACAACACCCAGAUAAAUCCCCAUUGAAGGUGUUAGCGGGGUGUUGAAGAAAUAGGGUAUAUAGCCCAAUGAUUGCCCAAAUAAAAAACAGAAUCUAAUCCUGGUGAAAGAAAGAGGUCACCAACAGAGCCAUAUACAGGCAGUAUAUGCCUAUAUGACUCUGGUCACCAAUAUUAUGUGUCAGACAUGCCAGAACUGUGAUGAGCCCAGGUGAUUUGUAUUAGGUUGAGGAAUGGUUUGUUUCAUGUUCUUAGUGGUUUAUGACCACAAAAGUCGCUCUGGUUUUGCACUUUGUCCUAUAUAACCAUCUGACUGUUUGAACUCUGAACUAUUUGAAUGACUAUAACCCCAUUAAACCUCAUUUGUCACACGUG